AUGGAGGGCGACUACUGGGCUGUCAUCUGGGUAUCAGGAUUGAAAAAACGUACCAGGAAGGCCUUUGGUAUACGGAAGAAAGAGAAAGACAAUGACUCAACGGGGUCCCCAGACCUAGAGGGAGGUUCUCAGAGGAAGGCCAAUGGAGCCCCAAAUGGAUUCUAUGGCGAGAUCGACUGGGAAAGAUAUAACUCUCCCGAGUUGGAUGAAGAAGGUUAUAGCAUCAGACCUGAAGAUGAGGCAGAGCAGGCAAAUUGCCACAAGUCCCACUUCUUCUCAUCUGAUGAGUCUGAAGAAGAGGAGGACCAAAGGAAAAAGUUCAAAAUUAAAAUUAAGCCACUCCCAUCUGAUCAAGUUGUGGCAGCACCCUCGUUUGAGGAGCUUAAAGCUUCCAUAGGCAACAUUUCUCUAUCCCCUUCUCCUCUGAAGAGUCCGAGACGUAGCCCGGGGUUGAAAAGUAACACCUCCGGUGAAGAAAUUGUCAGACCAAGACGUGUUGUUUCCACUGUGACCCCCACACUUGGUGUUGCUCCAAAAGCCCCCAGCAGCCAGCAGACACCAGCCUCUGAAGAAACUGCUAAUUUAUUUGGGCCCCCAUUGGAAACUGCAUUUGGUGAACAAAAAACGGAAGUGGUUCUGUCUGAGUCUGAUGUGUGGGGGGCUUCUGUGUCAGAGACUGACUCCUCUGUGACAAGAGCUUUCCCCACAGGAACUCCACCACCACUUCCACCGAAGAAUGUCCCAACAUCUCCUCUGACAACUGACACUGCCUCUCCAAAUGACACCGAAGCUGAGAAUUCCACAAGAAAGACAUCUAUACCUGACUUAGAUAACCUGUUUGGUCCAGAGCAGGUUCCUUCUGCAAAUGAGGAUGCAGGUGAUACCUGGGUGUGCUUUAGUGAGCAGUCUCCUGACCGCCCACCUCUACCAAAGGAGCCAGCACCUCCAGUUUCCUUAUCCCCACCUCUUCCAGAGGAAGCAGCACCUCCAUCGCAAGCCUCCCCACCUAUUCCUGACUCUCCUGCCACAACUUUACAUGUAUCACCUCCUCCCCCAGAAGACACAGCAGCUCAUCUCUCCGAACCUGCUUCUCCAAAAGAAGUUCCGGUUUCCCCUCUCGCAAUCUCCUCUCCACCCUCAGAGGAACCUGCUGCACCUUCUUUUCCUUCUGGGCCUUCUACACCUAAGGACCAAAAGCCGGUCUCGCCUACCACUUCGUCACUCCCUUCACCUAAAGAACUUUCAUCUCCUCUAACUUCAACACAUCCGCCUGUUGAUUCGCCAACCAGCAUCCCAACAGUUCCCAAAACAAAUACGCCUCCGUCAGGGACUUCACUUGAAAAGGAAUUAGCAACAUGCUCCAUUCCACCAGUCCAGACAAGGAAUACAGAUGAAAAAAGACACAAAAAGGAUGAAGGUGAAAUUGCCACUUCACCCAAAGAUGCAAGCCAGGGUACCAGAACUACGCCUCCAACACCCCCUCCUCCAACGUACCGAGCAGUGGUCUCAUCACCUGGUCCAACUUCAGUAGGUGGUUCGAAAAGCGGUUCGUCAUCUCCAGUGCGGCCUGCAACGCCUACAACAGUCAACCCUACUCCACCUCCUCCUCCACCCCGGCCCCCAUCACGACCCAAACUUCCUCCUGGAAAGCCAAGUGUAGGAGAUUCCAAUCGUCCAUUUAGUCCACCCAUUCAUGCGGCCAGCCCCCCUCCUAUUGCACCUUUGGCCCGGGCAGAGAGCACCUCUUCCAUCUCCUCUACAAACUCCCUGAGUGCUGCUACCACUCCCACCGUCAGUAAGGACCUCUCUGUAUCAGAAGACGAUGCUUAUGUAGACAAGCUGCCUUCAUUUGGGAGACAUUUUGAUUCAUUUGCAGAGAAUGACCAGCCAUCCCUUGUAUGGUUUGACAGAGGGAAGUUUUAUUUAACGUUUGAAGGCUGCUCCAGAGGGCCGAGUCCUCUCACCAUGGGUGCUCAGGACACGCUCCCCGUGGCUGCUGCGUUCACAGAGACAGUCAAUGCCUUUUUUAAAGGGGCUGACCCUGGCAAGUGUGUUGUGAAGAUUAUAGGUGAGAUGGUUUUGUCGUUUCCAGCGGGAAUCACACGGCACUUUGCCAAUAACCCGUCCCCCGCCGUGCUAACCUUCAGCAUAACCAACUACAAUCGACUGGAGCAUGUGCUGCCUAACCCCCAGCUACUUUGCUGCGACACCGUCACACAAGCCAAGGCUGAUGCCAAGGACUUCUGGGUGAACAUGCCAAACCUGAUUGCUCAUCUAAAGAAGGUAUCUGAGCAGAAGCCACAGGCAACAUACUAUAAUGUGGAUAUGCUGAAGUAUCAGGUAUCAGUACAGGGUCCUGUGUCAACUCCCAUUAAUCUGGCCGUGAACUGGCGGUGUGAACCCACCAGUACAGACCUGAGGAUAGACUACAAAUAUAACGGCGAGGCCAUGUCAACGCCGAUGGCGCUUAACAAUGUACAGUUUCUUGUCCCGGUUGAUGGAGGCGUUUCCAAACUGCAAGCUGUAUUACCUCCAGCUGCAUGGAACGCAGAGCAGCAAAGAAUCCUGUGGAAGAUUCCAGAUAUCUCCCAAAAAUCAGAAAAUGGAGGUGUGGGAUCUUUGUUAGCCCGCUUCCAGCUAACAGAAGGCCCGAGUAAACCAGCUCCACUGGCUGUACAGUUCACGAGUGAGGGCAGCACAUUGUCAGGCUGUGAUAUUGAACUGGCUGGGCCUGGGUAUCGUUUCUCACUUGUCAAGAAGAGGUUUGCGGCUGGAAAGUACCUGGCGGACAACUAA